AUGCCGGAAGAUCCGUCAUCAACUGUAUAUAAGAGCUGGUGUUUCUCUGGUUCAGCAGCUCCAGACAGGACGACUGAAGCUACAGACGCUGAGAAGGAAGAAGAGAAGAUCGUUCUGCAGCAGGUAAUCAUCAUCUUCAACAUCUGCAUCAUCUCCACCAUGAAGACGCUGACUCUGUCUGCACUUCUUUGUGCCAUGAUGGCUCUGACCAGAGCUGCUGCUCUUCCAGACGCAGAGGAUGAACCUGGGACAGAGGGAACUGCUGUCCAAGACACAGAGGCUGGAAACUGGACCAACUCGUUCACUCCAGGAGAGAGUCGUGUUGUCAAGAGGUUGACAUUAUGUCCUUUUGGUUGGACUGCUUUCAAGGGUCGCUGUUUCCUCUACGUUCCACGAGUCAUGAGUUGGGCUGCGGCUGAAAGAAACUGUCGGUCCAUGGGUGGACACCUUGCAUCCAUACACAACAUCCAGGAGUACCAUCAGAUUCAGACGAUGAUAAUGAGGGCCACUCAUUAUCAAAGAGAAGCAUGGAUUGGAGGAUUUGAUGCACAACAGGAGGGAUACUGGUUAUGGAUUGACGGGACACAUUUUGGCUUUACUCACUGGUGUCCUGGAGAGCCUAGCGCCUACUAUCUUCAGCACUGUCUGCAAAUGAAUUAUUCAGAUCAGAAAUGCUGGGACGACCGGCAAUGUGAUGUUCACCUCCCAUCUGUCUGUGUCAGAAAUGUCAGUUAAAAGCGUGAAGUACCUGUCAAACGCACAAACACUGAUCAAUUUUUUGUUUGCGUGUCUACGAGGAAACUCGUCUCUCUUUACGCCUACAGUUUCAUAUUUAACCUGAAGGCUCUGUAUUUCAUUUCACAUCUUUUCUUCUUUUCUAUUUCUGUAACGCCACUUAAAGGGGAAUUAUGUAGUUUUCAGCGAGCGGCCACCACCGGUCUGUUUUAAGAUUGCAACCAGGUGUGUGCUCAUACGGGUGCUCACUUGAACUCACGAGCGAGAAUAUUCUGAAACACAAUCGCUUUCUUACAGAGCUCCCACAAUAAACACGGAAACACCAGCAUGCAGGCUUUGGCUUUUUACAGAUACCAAACCGGCAUAUUGGCACAAUACUCCAUAUAAAAAAAGACGAUAUAGACAUAUAGACAUACUCACCGGGAGACAGCUUCACACAACAUGUUGGAAACUCAGGCAACUCCCACUGCAACUUUACAAUAAUAUUGUUAUCAGCUUGAGGUUUAACUAAUCCAUGUUCGUUGCAUGAUGACAUUACAUUUAUGCAUUUAGCCAACAUGAUACAUUAGUGUUAGCCCGCCUGCUUUUGUUUAUAAAGUAUAAACUACAUAUAGCCCCUUUAAGGAUAAAGCGACAAAGCGUCUCUUUAAUACGAGCAGACUGAAUGUGUAAUGAAAAGAAAGCUUUUAGCACAACUUUAUUCUGCAGAGUGAACUGUUCUUUCUUCUCUUAGGCAAAAUUAAAAGUCUCAAGAAGCAUUGAAACAA